AUGAACUGUCUACUCGCCAUUCUUUUGUUGACAGAUCAAACCUCACAAGUAAAUGAUCGUCUAGCUAUCGUUAGUUUGGGGACAGAUAACAAUCUCCAUGAAAUGUACAAUCCAGAGGGAAUGCGCCAGUUUAACAGCGUUCGAUCUAGCGAUGACAUAAUGAUGGCCCGGAGCCCGACCAACGGAGCUGGCACAUACAUUACGAUAUAUUGCUCACCCUCACAGACGAUAACAGCUUUGAGUAAUUUUAUCACCGCAGGCGCAACGCGGCUACCUAAUGGUCCACAAAAAGGCUUCCAACAAGAUCAGGAAUCAGAGCUAGGAUGCUACAAUCAUGUUCAAACCGAACUGAAUAAUGCAGGCAGUCAAUUUUCUAUCCUUGCUAAUGAUCUUGUCAAGAAUGAUCAAUGUACUCAAAGUAUGCUUUACAGUCUGCAGUUUCAGGGUAGAAUUUCAUGCGUCACCCCUGAUAUGUUGACAAAUGCGCCACAAUCCAAAUACUCCGGGAAAGUAUUGUUUACAGAAUUAUUUAAAAUGGAAAGUGUGGUGCUAAAAAGAAGCUUUCUCAUGACUCAGGGUACGGCAAGUGUGCAAUUUGGGCUAGCAUGGCAUCAGGGCAACUUGAAACUAUUUGCGAGAAAGAAUGGCUCUCUCGUAUGGCAUCCAACAAACAACUUAAAGCAAGAUUCGGAAGAUUUUAAGCAUAUCCUUCCCAUCCUAAUCAAUUCACUUCUCGAGAUUGGCCUAAUCAGAACUGAAUUAAAUAUGGGUAAAUAUAUGCCAGAUUUAAUCCCAGGAAGAAAUCGACAUUCUGGCACCAGCAAAGCAUCCGCAAGACAGUACAAGUUCAAAGAACUUCUCAGUAAACUAGGUGAUCAUAAUUUGAAGUUUGCUGAGACACCUGCAAAGGGCUUUUUAAAUACAGAGGUGGAUAAAUAUUCAAAGUAUUACUAG